AUGGAUCCGAAAAAGAGCUUUGCCACUACUGAAUCGGCCUCUAUUGAUGAUGCUUUGUUCGAUUUAGACCCGCCGGUCGGGCACCAUGCCACGGUACGGUCUCCUUCUCUCGACUCGAGGCGACGGUCGAACUCGAGCCUACAAUCAGAAUCUAACCCACAGGCACCAUCGCCAUGCGCUCCAAGUAACUUUCUACCAGCAUCCCGGCCUGAAGACAUCUUGAAUACCGAAAAGCCCACAUCCCCAUGCCCAGACGACAGGUGUGAUUACAUGGUCGACGACAUGUCUGAACUACCAGGUGAUGAUUUGUUAUCUAUACCCCGUGGACUCUCUGAUCCGUUGAUGUUCUCUUUUGAGCCUAAGGAUAAUUACUCAUGGAUGCAGUCCGUAAAUACAGAGAUUUCGCUUUCGACUUCCGUCAAUAUGAUGUUUACGGGACCUAACACCAAGGCCACGAGUAUGCCGUCCGGAUUCCUCGAGCCAUCAGAUCGCAGCCCAGAUACCAGGACCCUUGUAGAGUCGGUAUGGGAUGCCCUACAAGAACAUAUCGCAUCUUCAAGGUAUAAACUGUCGCACGUCCAAGGAAAUCCAUUAGCUGAGCAACUUCAAACACAAUCACCAAAAGACAUGGCAUUAAAUGGUCUCUCAAGCCUGAGGAGAAUACUGCAGGGAGGUAAUCCUACAGAUCCGUUUGAUUACAUCUGCUUUAUACAUCUUAUUUACGCCAUAUCCCUCGUAAUCCACGAAAGCGAACUUGCAACUCGUUGCAACGCAUUAUACCAACAAGCUCUUACUUACCGACGCUUCCUUGGGCCAAACCAUUGCGAAUAUUAUACGCAGGUCGUAGUAGCAAUCUGGCAGCCGAUACUAGAGGGGCAAUCACAUGUCUUUAGAGGAGCCCGUACAGAUGGAUCGUCAAGUUCCAAGGGUAAAGAACCCGAAUAUCGAACAGGCUCGAGGAUCAAUUUAGAAGCCGAUUCUCUUGUUGCCGUAGGACAGAACUUCCUUGAUGACCUCGAAAAUUCCGUCAUAGCAAAUGGUCCACCUAAAUCAGAUGAGGUUUUCACAUCUCACCUUUAUUCCACCCAUGUAGCAGAAACCCAUCCGAGCUCUUUAGACGACAGUCCUUUUUCAAUAACGGCUGGUUAUAUUAUUCAAAGUUUAAACUCUGGAUUCGGACAUUCUGAAAUGCUACUACCAAGACUCGGCGACAUUGGGCAAAAAGUUCGUGUUGGGGAGAUCACCACCAUUCGCAAACUCGAACUUGCGAUGUUGCAAGCCGGCAAAAACUCUUUAGACUCUUCCGACCUCUUGAACGAAUUUAUUCCACAAGUCAGGAGACUUUGUGACCCGAUUUAUUCUAAACAAGGGCUUCAAUCAAGAACAAGAUAUCAGACUUUGGGAAUAUCGUUGGUAGAAGCUCUUGUUCAAACAAUUGCGUCUAAUACCCAACAUAUUCAAGGAAAUCCUACCGGGUUUUCAUUAGAGCUGCCUGAAUCAACAUACGACCAGUUUCUCAAUUCAUUUCCUUUUGAUAACACCGCUGGUAUUGAAGGGGAAUUCCUCGUGAAUCUUAACACAGGUCCUUCUCAGCAAAACCAAACGGGGCUCGCAGGUACUCCAGAUUUUAACCCGGAGCUUGGUCCCAUCGACCUUCAAGGCAUGAGUACCAGUGUUCCACCCCCGACGAUUCCCACCGAAGCUUUUGCUGAAACCACUUCUCACGCCGGGACCCCCGACAAUUCGUUUGUGGCUUCGGCUGGUUUCUCGCCACCGAUUACUGUUCCCACUCGACCGAAACCUCUAUCGCCGGCCCACGUCGAACUACCACUAAAGCCGAUAUCCUCCUCGGCUCAGAAAGUGGAAGCAAAUGACGCCUGCGAUAUUUGUGGAUACCGCCCGAAGGGGGACCCCCAAUGGUUCAAAGGCAGUAUGGCAAAGCACAAGAAGAUGCAGCAUUCGACUGGACCACCAGUAAUCUAUAAAUGCCCUUUCCCCGGGUGCAACAGUCAAUACAAGAACCGCCAGGAUAAUCUACGCCAGCACCAAAUUGACAAGAAUCACUUCGUUGGGGACGAGACAGGCCGAAGACCUAGUAAGAGAAAGAAGUACUCUCCGGCAGAGUAG